UUAUUACUUUGGAAAUUAAAAUAUACGUUAAAGUACAAUAAUUAAGUUUAAAUAAUACUUUAGUUAAUUUUGUUUCAAUAUUAUUUUUAAUUGACUUGAGUUGACACACGAAGUGAUCGAAGUUUAGAAGUUUGUGAUUCUACCUCUAGAGUUAACACGUUACAUUAACUCUGUAAACGGUAACUAAACUAAUAAUCAUCAAUAAAGACAAUCAACAAGUUCACCAACUUAAUUUAUUACUUUUUUAUUAUUAAAGAUGUCCAUUCAAUAAUUAAAUUUGCUUUUACGCUCUAUAAACUCUAGUUCAACAUAUAUAUUUGAAUUUAGAACAAUAACACAGAAUAACUAAGUAUUAAACGUAUAAUUUAAGAUAACCUUGCACAGAAUUUCUUGAGUGUUUUAUUCAUUUUAGGUUAUAACAGGGAAGUCUCGUAUUGUUUCAGAUGAUGAUGGACUUAAUUAAUUGUGAAAAUAUAAAGAAGUAUGGCGUCGGUCGUCGGAAACUGGAUGAUGUUCUGUUUGCGUCGGAUAAGCCACCUCCUCGCCUCGGAGUGUACGAUCUGGACGAAGAAAACUUAUGCCACGAAGUAAUUCAAACAACAUGCAACAUCCCCGGGUGCACAUUCAUCGCGGAAUCCAUAUUGGAUUACGAGAAUCAUUACAACGCGUCACACCGGUACACCUGCACCCAAUGUAAGAAGGUGCUGCCGUCACCACACUUGUUGGACCUCCACAUACAAGAGAGACAUGACUCGUUCUUCGCUGUGAUGGCUGAAAAGAAACCUUCUUACUGUUGCUAUAUAGAAGAAUGUAAAGAGAAAUUCAAGACUGCCGACGAAAGACUGAACCACUGUGUAAAAAUACAUAAACUGCCAAAGGAUUUCAGAUACGAACAAAAAACAAAAAUCGGCAAGAAAAAAAAAAGUGGCAACACUAGAAAAGUAGAAAGCAAUGAAUCAAUGGAUACAGAUGGACCACCUCCACAAUUUUCAUUUACAUAUAACAAGAAAAAAGCAGUUACAUCUUAUACUGGAAGACAAUUUACGAAAAAUAGUGAGGAGAAAACAUCUAGGGAUGUAGAUAUGGAUGAAAUAGUCGAUGAAUUAAAAAAAACAUUGCCAGAUUAAAUAAUUGUUACCUAUUUAUUACUUUAUUAUCAUUUCGUAACCUUUGCUUAUAUUUAUAAAUAUGAUAACAUACGCCCGUAAAGGCAGUGACCUAUAAAAUACAUACAUUAUUUACAGAUAUCCAGUACAUUUUUAUUACAAACAUUCUGUGAUAAUUUACACUGUUACUUUAGCAUUCAUACUGAGUUUUACAAUAUUUGUAUAACGUAAACGAAAAAAAUCAUUGCGAAAAAUUAUUGGCCAAAUAUUAAUCUCGUUUUAAUUUAU